UUUUAUUUAUUUAUUUAUUUAUUUGGUUGGAAGUCAGAUCCUGAGUUACCAAGUGUCCAGUAUGUCACACACAUAUAUUGUACACACAUGGUCUGUGUGUGUUAUUGCGUAUAUAUUUAUAUGUAGUGUAGACAUGCACUUUGCCACUCAUGGCUGCAACAAGAUUAAUUUUUUUUGCUUGACAGUUGUGAUAAAUGUGCAUCUUUUUGUCACUAACAGGCUCCGGGCACCCGCUGACGAAGUACCAAAAUGGGCACGACGAAGUCAGAGCGGGAAGGCUAAGGACCAAACGUUGCGCAUGUAGCAACAUGCACGACUCCGAGUGCUACUACUUCUGUCACCUGGACAUUAUAUGGGUCAAUACGCCCAGUAAGACAACGCUUUAUGGCCUCGGUGAUGCUAAGGCACGGCGACGAAGGUCUGCAGGCAGGUGCACUUGCGCUAACCUCUGCGACCUCAUCUGCACUCGUUUUUGUUAUCAACGAGAUGUGACGAGCAGGUCCAAGAAAGUUGACUGUGCAUCAGAGUGAGAGGGAAACAAAUGUCCCGUGGGACUAACACAUCCAGCAUCGGAACGAAUGAUGCUGCCGCUGCUGCUCAGAUGGCGAUGCGGGAAACCAGCUGACAGAUGCAGCCGACGGGGAAGAAGUGAAAACGCCCCCGGGGAUGUCCUUCCAGGAAUAUGUGGAAGGUGCAAAAAAAUGACGGAGGUCUGCAAACACACCACGCAAAGCUGAUGUCAAAGAUAAGAACUGACAGGUCCAGAGCACUUUGGCGUCGCAUGUCAAAGUGUCACCUCAGAUGUCGAGCACACAUGGAGACAGGAAAUGCGUCAUUCUUACAGAAACGCAGUUUUACUCAUUAGAAUAUAAAAUGACUUAUCAGGUGUCUUCAGGGGACUGUGGUCUAAAAAUAUAAUUUUGAAGUACCUUUAAAUAAUUACAGAUUUUUUUUCUCAACUAGAAUAAAGCGCAUGUUUUGGUUGCUUGUA